GCAUACUGACCUCGUUUCAGUGCGGCGGCCAUUAGUGAAUUGUACGACAGAGAGUCGCAACUUUGGCGGUUUUGUGAGCGGUGCACUUUCUAAAUCAAUAAUCCUCUCCGCUGGUUUCACCCAUUGUCGCCCCAAAGGGAAGAUAAUUAAUCAGAUCGCUUGUUUUUACCAUAUCUGUGUGUAACUGGACGUGAAACAAUGGCUCAGCCGAACGUGAAUAUAGACAUCGAGAAGUAUGAAAAAGUAAAGACCCUUGGAAAGGGGCAGUUUGGAGAAGUCAAUCUUUAUCAACUGAAGAAAGGGAUCGAUAAUGGGAUCAGCAGGAUGGCGGUAAAACAGGCGAGGUGUUCAGAUGAACAGACCAUAGCUAGUAUCGGCAAGGAAGUGGAUAUCCUGUGCCAACUGACGCACCCUAAUAUUGUUCAGUAUCUGGGUCACCAUGACGAUGGCUCAAACAUCCAAAUCAUGUUGCAAUACAUGUGUGGGGGGUCCGUAGACGAUCAUCUGAAAAAAACAGCCGCACCAUUUUCAGAGGAAAAGACAAAGCGUUAUACAAGAGACGUCAUAGAAGGACUCCGCUAUAUCCAUGGAAAGAGGAUAAUACACCGAGAUAUCAAAGGUGGCAACAUUCUGAUAGAUGGCGUAGACAGUGCAAAGUUGGCUGAUUUCGGUCUCUCCAAGAUAAUGGAAACCAGCAAAUCAGCUCAUACUUUUGCUGGAAGUCCCCUUUUUAUGUCGCCCGAAAUGAUUUCAACCAACUUGGACGCCAGUGGACAUGGGCUAAAAACAGAUAUAUGGAGCAUUGGCUGUGUUGUGGUCCAGAUGCUAUCUUCAUAUCCACCAUGGAAGGCUAAAUGUGAUGAUGGCAUAUCAAAGUUCGAUCUGAUGAGGGAUAUUGCAGAAUGCAGGCAUCCCGAUUAUACCCUGCCAGGCGGUGUCUCUCAGGAAGCCAGAGAUUUCCUCAACCAUUGUUUUGUCAAAGAACCAAAGGAUCGCCCAUCAGCUGAUGACCUCCUACGCCGUUCGUUUCUUGCCUAAACCACACAACGCGUUGUUAGAACAGCUAUUCUGUCGCACCAAUAACGUAGUAAAAUAAAGCCUUUGUUUUUACUAGAGGGGUCCCCCGCUACAUCGGCAAAAUAGUUUUGUGUAAAAGUUGAAUCAGAAGCUCUGACCAUCGCUUUUGUAUAUGUCUUCAUCAUAAGAAAGAAUAUUAACGAAAAUGAUACUGCCGUGCGAAACAGUGCAAAAUACUGAGUAUUCAUUAUCCAAUGUUAUGGAAAACUGAUUGUUAUAGCCCCAUGGAAAUGGCUUAAACUAACAGAAACCGGAUAAGUGAUUUUGUCUCCGGUCACAUUUGGUCGCCAUCCAAAGUAUUAUGGUUUCUGAGAGAAAUUGAUAGCAAGUGAGAUGAUUGUGUCUUGCGUUUUGUUCGGAAAUGUGCCUGGCUAGCGUUAAACCCUUUGUUCAGGGAUUUCUAAAAGCAGAAUUUACGUUUGGUACGUUUCGGCCAUUUUAUUAAAUCAAAAUCAAAUGUGUCAAAUUCAGCAUCCCGAUCUGAUAAGCUUCUUUCUCGACCAUAACUUAACCCUUUCGUGCCCAUGAUCGCAGAUUUGCGCAUCGACGAAACCCCUCAGUAAUUUCGUUCCAGCAAAACAACAUAUUCCACGUGCAAGUAACAACCCUACGUAUCGUCGUCUUGGUAUAACCCCGCUUCAAAAUGACUUUGACCUUCAUAGUGCAUGCUUCAAUAGAAAACUGAGACAAAGAUCACCAUUGAUUUUUUAAGCCUUUUAGCAGUUAAAUUGUCAAUGUUUGACCGCGUCGCAUCAGAUAUUGCGUGGGGUUGUGAAUCUGAAAAAAUGAUAUGAUAUUUCGGACAGUCGGGCAAGUAAAUGGUGAAAAGUAAACUGGUAGUUGACCGCGGUAAUUUUUUGAUAAUUGACAAAUUGGACAAAUUGGACAAACGUUGAUAUUUCCUCUCUUUUCAGCCAACUUGCAGAAAAAGCUCAAAACUUAGCAAAAUUCAAAUUUAUUUUUGAUCAAAUAAUUUCUUUAUAUCUGUAAACUUGCCACACCAAAUAUCUUUUCAAUACCUCUCCAAAUAUGCACUUGUGAGUUAAAAACAUACUCCCGUCUAUUCGAAAGGUCUGGAACCUCCAACCUAUGAAUAUUCAAUGAUGGUCUUGUCUCAAUGAAGGUAGAAAUCAGAGGGUUAAAAUUUUGAGAAUUUUUUCAAACUUGAUUUUCUUAAUGUAGAUGACAUCCCACAACUUUCCAACAAAGGAAAGUGAUAUCUGAACAAUUUUGGAGAAAUGAGAGACAUUUCAAAGAGUGGUACAACUGUGUAAAAAGCGACAAAAGAGGACGCAAACGACGAAAAGUCCUCAUUUUUCCAGCUAACAGAUUGCGCUGGCCAGAUCACUUCACUUAGGCUAUAUGAUAUAUAAAAAGACCAUUCAAUAAGCCUAAGCCCAUACGAUUGGAACAAAAUCAUGGUUCAUGCACCUGCACUUUUCACAUGCACCAAAAUUGCACCUUUCUAUUCCAACCUCACUCUGUAUAAGUUAUAUUCUGCAUAUGAUGUAUGUGUGUAUAGGUAUCUACUAUAUAUCCAAAUUUUUUUUCCGUUUCUGAGUAUUUCCGCUUAUUGUUUGCGGACGCUGAAAGUGCUGAAUUAGCUUUGUAUAAAGUGUCAUUUUUUCGAAAGAAAACUAUCUUCUUGAUCGUAGAAUCUUCAAAAUAAGGAAAAGUCCAUGACUCAUCAUAGAUUGGCAGAAGAUUUAUCCAUUAUUGGUAUUCGACUCUCACAGUAUAAAACGAUAUGAUUAACAAAGUCACAACAUUGAUCUUUCCCAUACUUAAUUUGCAUUCAGCUUGGCCUGUUUUGACCAUGAGAACAGUAACCGUUAGAGGUCUGAAUUUGCUAAAUAAUCUAGUCAUUGAAGUCAACUCGGAUCUGUGUCGUGAAGUCAUUUGGCAUGCUGAAAUAUUUUUAGCGUCAUGUCUAAAAAUACUGAACCUAAAAUGCAUUACUUCGCAUUUGGUUUGCCGGGAAAUGAUAUUGUGAAUCGGCUGGCAUACUGACCUCGUUUCAGUGCGGCGGCCAUAAGUGAAUUCUACGACAGAGUCGCAACUUUGGCGGUUUUGUGAGCGGUGCACUUUCGAAAUCAAUAAUCCUCUCCGCUGGUUUCACCCAUUGUCGCCCCAAAGGGAAGAUAAUUAAGUAAGUUGUUCUUCAGUACAGUGGCAUAACUUCAUAUCAUUUUGUUAUUACUUUACGUUUGGGCGUAAUUGUAUGUCGGGCCGAGGUAUACCAUAACCAGUAAAGACCGGAGCCUGAAGAAGAACCCGCUGAGUCAAAUUUGUUUCGUUUUGGCAACAUUUUGGGUAAUACACAGGUAAAAUAUCAACUAUGGGUUUCUCUGGACCCUCUAGUUGGUCAUUUAUUUUUUUGGUGUUCGGGAUGAAAUAAAUUUUCGCCCCGCAUGUAGUCCAGGUAACCUCGACCAUAUCUGCCGCAGCGGAGUCGAGGAAGCCUCGUUGAUUUACCAGAGGCGAGCCAUACAUUUUCAGUGCAUACAGUGGAUGCACUGUCAUACCGAGCGCUCUGGUAUUUUUCACUCGGAUCGAGGUUACCCAUCCUACAGAAAACACGUGACCGGACACCGAAAGCUUACGCCAUGUACGCCCCCCAAAUCGAGUUUAUGAUGAGUGAAUUGCCGUCAAGUACCUGUCUCUGUAAUUAGUGAAUGCGGGAGAUUGGUAAAAGAGUCUAGCCUGCAUGUAUAAAUUACCGCAUGUCUCUCUAUUUCAGUCAGAUCGCUUGUUUUUACCACAUCUGUGUGUAACUGGACGUAAAACAAUGGCUCAGCCGAACGGUAAGACAUUUCCAACAACGAAUCCUUGUUUCCUUGUUAGGUGGUGGAAAGUUCAUGUAUGUCUGCCCACAGAUAGAGCGCAAUGACCACAAACGGCUUCAGUAAAGAAGGCAUAUGUACAUGCAAAGGCAUAUGUACAUGUACAUGUGUCAAGGUGUAGCCAUGUUUGAGAAAUGGUCAAACGAUGGAAUGCAACGUUCUGUCCUUGGAUGUCAGCAAUACAAUGUCGACGAAGCAUAGCCUUCAUUGUCCGGUGGGUACCAAUUUGUAUUCUUAUUUCAUUGCACCCCUGCCCCUGGCCUUCUUUUUGUUACAGUGAAUA